UCGGCCAGAGCUCCUCUGCGGGCGGUGGGGCUAGGGUGGUGUUAUGGCGGAUCCCGCAGCUCCGAGCCGGUCUGGACAAGGCGCGGGAAAUCUGGGGGUUCAGGAGGCGGCGGGUCCUCGAGGAGCCCUGGUGGAGCUCACCCCGACCCCCAUCGGCCUGACUCUGGUGAGCCCCUACCACACCCACCGGGUUGGGGACCCCUUAGACCUCGUGGCGCUCGCCGAGCAGGUGCAGAAGGCUGAUGAAUUCAUCCGAGCAAAUGCUACUAACAAGCUGACAGUCAUCGCAGAGCAAAUCCAACAUUUGCAAGAACAAGCUAGGAAGGUGCUGGAAGAUGCUCGAAGAGAUGCUGACUUGCACCACGUGGCUUGUAAUAUGGUGAAAAAACCUGGCAACAUUUACUAUCUAUACCAGCGGGAAAGUGGCCAGCAGUACUUUUCCAUCAUUUCUCCAGAGGAAUGGGGAGCAGGCUGUCCGCAUGAAUUCCUUGGCGCCUAUAAACUGCAACAUGACAUGUCAUGGACUCCCUAUCAAGACAUUGAGAAGCAAGAUGCUAAAAUCAGCAUGAUGGACAAGCUGCUGAGCCAGCCUGUGGCCUUGCCCCCGAGCAUCGAGCCCGCCUUCCAGGGACUGACUCACUGAGUAUGACUCUGAUGACAUAGCAGCCCUCAUGACAAAGGCCUGCCACUACUGCCUCCUUGUCUGCAUCCUCUUCCUGGGGGUGGGUAUUGUGGUGAAUGAUGAACUACUUGGAAGAUGA